AUGAGCACAGAGACCAGCCAACUAAAAAGUUUACAAAACAAUAUCCAGUCAACUGACACCAAUCAUUUCAAGACUUUAUUGCAGCUUUUAUUUAGUGAUCCAUUUUGCAUGAAGACGGCUGCACAUGAGAUUUGUGCAUGUGGUUUGAAUCUGAAAGAUUGCAGAACGAGUGCGAUCAAUUUGCUCGAAACAAAAAAAUCAACUGCUAUUUGGAUCAUCACCACCAGCUUAUACUGCCAUCUAGAGAUGGGGCAAAUUACUACCACUUGCACUGUUCGUAUGGGUGCUUUUAUAAGGAAUUCUAUAUGGUCUAUUUCUGAUUCAACUACUUUGAUUCGCUCUGUUCGACAUUUUAAACCUAUUCUAGAACACAGGUCUAUGACUACCAUGACCAUGCUGCAUUCUGCUACUAAAACUAUCAUCACAAGCCCUACUUCUGGAUCUAUCAAAACUAAUAAUACUAGCAACCACAGUUCUGAUCCAAAUCUAUCUACUAAAGUGUCCUCAUUUGCUCUACCUUCAAUCUUUACAAAGCUCAAUACCACUGCAACCUCGACAACUGCCACAAGCAAGCCUUUGUUGGAACAGUCUCUGAUUGAUUAUCCUUGGCUGCUAUCUACUUCUCCUAAUAGAGAAGUCACUCCUACGUUUUGGAAUGCUUUAAAGGAAAAGCAUUACCUGACUAUUGCCACUGAGCGAACAAAGGAUCUACUUCAUCAUCCUGUUUAUUCAUUUCCGUCCCAGUUCUUGUCAGACACCUCUGCUAGUAUAUCUGCUGUUUUUUCAGCCCUGUCUGAUCCUUCAACUUCUGGAUCUGUGGAUUCAUUGGAGCCUUUGAUGGUUAAAGGUCUUGCCAAUCACUUUGUAUCUGGAUUUCAGUCCUUGGCGAAACGAGGCCAUCGUACUCGCUUUAUUCUGCAUUCCACCCCAAAAACUCGUCUCAAAAGCAUCCAGCUCACAUACGGUCCUUACCCACCUCCAAAUGACUAUGUUAUGCAAGACUGGUUUCCUUUUAUCCGUCUAGUGAUUCCUCGCGUAGAUGCCGAAUUCGAAAGUCAUCCAAAGCAACAAGAUAUUCUCAAAAACGCAAAAAAUGAUGGUGUCUUUAUUCGGGCCAAUGUUGUGAUUGACUGUGAUAUUGAGUUUAUCUUGGAAGAUGUUGCUAGUGGUGGAAUGCCCUUACUUCGCGAUCGUCGAUCUCGCUUUGAAAUGCAGUUUGUAUCUCCUCAUUUUACUCCUUGGGAUGAUUUGUUUAUUGUCGAGGGAGAAGAAAUGAUUCCCCAGCUCACCCCAAACCAGCUACUUGAAUUACAAUCACAAUCUCCUGCAGAAAUUCAAUCUGCUGCUGCUGCUCGUGUCCUCGAAGCUAGUAGCACUGCGAGUGCUGACACCACUAACAGUCGCGAUGUUACCAUCACUAACCAAGUGGCAGCUACUGAAGUUUCUCCUGUCGAUACUUUUGGAAAAGCCCCUACUCCUAUUUCUGGAGAUAUGUUCAAGAAAGAUACUAUGCAACGGAAACUAGGAUGGAAUUGGCGUGUAUCAGACAUUGAUGGUUUGUUGGGCAAAAGAAAUACGAAUAAUACAGAACGGACAUCGUAG